CCAAUUAUACGGCUCAGAUUCAAGAACGAAGAGAAAACCUGACAAUUUAAAGGAUCAAUUGGGCCAUGGCUACUUUUGAUGCAGUUCCAGUGAUUGAUGUCCACAAUGACAACUUCAAAGAACUCUGGCCGACCUUGAUAGUUGCGCUGAAAUCAUCCACAUUUGUUGCGCUGGAUUUGGAGAUGAGCGGUCUGGGGAACAGGAGACUUCUUUCAGCAAAAUCUAUUGAAGAAAGAUACAACACUUUGUGCGAGAUUGCCAAAACAAGAUCUGUGGUUUCCCUUGGUAUCUCUUGCUUCAAGCUUCAACGAGUCUCAACGCCGGGAGGUAUGAAGCAGGAGGUAACCCUUGGAGAUUCCAGCCAGGAAGGGAAGACAAAGCUGCACUUCUUCGUCCAGACAUUCAACAUCAUUCUCCUGUGUAAGGAAAGUUACAUGGUGGAGCCGGAAUCUCUGCGUUUCUUGGUACAACAUGGGUUUGAUUUCAACAAGCAAUACUCAAAGGGGAUUUCUUACCAUCGAGGCAUUGAUAAGCCUGAGGAUGAAAAACAGAGUAUCCGUCUGCUCUUGAAUGAGAUCAUCACCUACAAGGUGCCCAUCGCCCUCCACAAUGGUUUGGUGGACCUUGUGUUCCUUUACCAUGCAUUCUACUCGACCGUGCCAUCCAAACUACCACAGUUUGUCUCGGACUUGUCAGAAAUCUUUGCCGGGGGUAUCUACGACACCAAGUACAUUGUCGAGUAUGAAGUGAGAUUAGCUUCAUCAUAUCUCGAGUACGUCUUCAGGAAAAGCCAAAAAGAUAAUGUCCAACAAUAUCGUGGCGGCGCACCUCACAUUGAAAUGAGUUUCCCUCGUUAUCCAGCUAGUUGUGAUUACAUAGAAUACCAAGAAUGUGGCCUACCAGAGGAGACCAGGAACUAUGCCGGCUUUAAGACGUGUGUACAGUUUGGGGCUUUUGGUUGGUGCAAGUUGGCAGACAACUGUCCUAAUUCUCAUGACAUUGACGCUAUCCUUAACAUUGACGACAACAUUUCAUUGAACAAACGGAAGAAGCGUAACCGGCGGAAAAACAAACGUCAGAGGACGGGGGUCUGCAGUGUGGGAGAUGAGGAGCAGAGUACAGGAGAUGAAGAUGACGAGGAGAUGGAAACAGUUGAUGAAACACAAGGUGCUAUUACGCAGGAUAUUUCACCUUCAUCAAUCACGUCAGUUGGAACGCAUUUGGAAAAAGACCAUUCAAGCAAACACAUUCUGAGUUUUGCAGAACCAAACCAGGUGAAUUCAGGGACUGAUACUGUCUUGAAAACAGAAGGUGCCUGUUCAGAAACUAUUUUGAAUAUAGACAAUCAAAAAGAUACAAUUGACUCAAGUGUGAAUGGACCGGAUACUAAAUCCUCUGAGAAUGGUGACAAGAUUGCUAAAUCUCGAUGCUCAGGGCAUAGAGCAGGAUUUGAUGCAUUUAUGACUGGAUAUACACUGGCGUCUGCUGUUCUGAAGUGCGGGAAGUUAUCUGUGCUACAGACAAGCUCAAGUGAUGUGAAGUUGGCUGAUCUUCAACUCAACAAGUUGAAAAAUAAUGUUUAUCUCAGUGGAAAGGACAUGCCAUUGAAGAUUACGAAAAGUAAUUUCUCAAAAACAUCUAAGGAACAUCGGGUUAAAUAUGUAAAACUGAUGGGCGACGUCUGCUCUAUGGUGACAUGAAGGGAUGGUCAUUUUUCUAGGGUUCAUGAAAUCAUCAACUGCUGGGAACCUUACAGCAGCCGGACUAGUUGACUGGAGAACUUCCUACACUUCCUUCUGUUCAAUGCCUGUCAAAAAUUUUGAAAUGUGCUUUUACGUAAGAAGUGUCUUAUUGUUAACGUUCCAUCUAAAAUAAACUGUUCUUGUUUAAACAACCUGUUGUUUUAUCAACAUGUCUAUCGAAAGUUUCUCCAGA